UUUUUGUUUCGGGUUCCGCCCGAAACCCUAACCCUUUUCUCGAUCCACCACCGCUCCAAGGCCGUCACACAUCAGAGAGAGAGAGACCCAGACCCGUCUGCUCCGGCGACCCAGGCACUGAUUCCGGCGACACUGUAACGGAUCGGGUCGACUUGUGUAUGUAUCCGGACAUUCAGGCCCGCCUUCCCUGCUUCCAGCUUGGGCUGUGAAUGUGUUGGAGCAGAGCUUUGUGGGCAUUCCUCAGCCUUUUUCCCUGCAGGUGUUGAAAGAUCUUUAGCAAUAUAUCAUAUGCACCAUGUCCAUCAUCCCCACCACUCCCACCCGGAGUCCAAGUGAAGAAAAUGACAGCGAUAUGGUGCAGAUGUCCAAAUCCAUAUCUCGGAAGAGGCCGAGCAGGUUGAGGUCUGCAGUGUGGAAUGACUUCGAAAGAAUCAAGAAGAAUGGGAAAGACAUGGCCUUGUGCAAGCUUUGCAAGAGGGAGUUUGUGGGAGGAACUAGCAGUGGUACAUCACAUUUGAAAAAGCAUCUAGAGAGGUGCCCCAGAAGACCCAAUCCCGAUGGGACUCCGCAGAUACUUUCAGUAGGCAGGAAAAGAAAGGAGAGGACUGUCACUGUUAGCAACUUCAAGUUCAGCCCCGAAAGGAGUCGCCUUGAUCUUGCAAACAUGAUCAUCCUGCAUGGUUACCCGUUCUCUAUCGUGGAGCACAUUGGGUUCAGAACGUUUGUCAACAAUCUUCAGCCAGCGUUCAGCAUGGUGUCGCUCGAAACCGUUAAGGCCGACUGCCUGGCGAUAUAUGAGAAAGAGAAUGAGAAACUUAAAGGAACCUUGACAAAUCUUUCUGGUAGAGUCAGCCUCACUACUGAACUGUGGACUUCUUGCGAAAAUGUUGCGUAUCUGUGUUUGAUAGCACAUUACAUUGAUGAUGAGUGGCUGUUGCACAGGAAGAUUCUAAAUUUUGUGAUGAUAGGAUCACCUCACACUGACGAAGCACUCUUUGAAAUUCUUGAGUCAUGCCUGAUGGAGUGGAACGUUUAUCAUAAGGUGUUUGCGAUGACAUUAGACAGUUCAUUUACGAGUGAAAAUCUUGUUGCCAGAAUCAGGGAGUCCCUCUUCCAGAAGAGGAUGCUGGUGAGUGAGAGCCAGCCAUUUCACAUGCGAUGUGCUGCCCACGCUGUCAAUGUCGUUGUCCAUGAUAGUCUGGAAGCAGCACAAGAGGUGAUUCAUAAGAUUCGGGAGACUGUCAAGUAUAUCAAGAGUUCACAGGCAAGGGAACAAAAGUUUAAUGAGGCUGUUCAUCAAUCUCGAAUCCAUAGCCAAACGAGCUUAUGCCUUGAUAUUCCAAGUCAGUGGAGCUCCACUUAUCUCAUGAUCGAGGAUGCAUUAGAAUAUAAGGAAGCAUUGGUACGUUUGCAAAAGCUUGAUCCUGGCUACAUAUUGGCACCAGCUCCUAGAGAGUGGGAAAUGGCAAGUCAUCUCACCAAUAUCCUGAAGCCCUUUGUUGAAAUGUCUAAUGUUUUUUCACCAACAAAAUCUCCAACCUCGAACCUUUACUUCCCUUCGAUUUGUGGCAUCAAGUUUCAGCUGAAUGAAUGGUGUAGAAGUGGAGAUGCGUUUGUUCGGUCUGUGGCCUUGAAGAUGAGAGAAAAUUUUGACGCAUACUGGAAGACUUGCAGCUUAAUAUUGGCAGUUGCUGUCGUCUUAGAUCCGCGGUUCAAGAUGAAGCUGGUAGAGUAUUACUAUCCACAAAUCUAUGGUGUGAAUGCUGCUGACCAUAUUAAGGCUACUUUUGAUGGAAUCAUCGGUCUUUAUAAUGAAUAUGCAACCGGUUGCAAUUCAACUCUGCCUUCCCAAGAUUACAACAGGCGGGUGGGAGGUGGAAGUGAUUCAAAUGUCACCUUGUCAAUGAACAUCUCAAACGAUCCAAAAGAUAUGUUGAGAGGAUUUGAUGAAUACCUUUCUGAAACCACUCAAAACCAGCGCUCAAAAACAGAUUUGGACCAAUAUCUAGAAGAAGCUGUAUUCCCACGUAACGUGGAGUUUGACAUUUUAAAUUGGUGGAAAGUUAACACGCCCAGGUUUCCUAUUUUGUCUAGGAUGGCCCGUGAUAUUCUGGGGAUUCCAGUUUCAACAGUGGCACUGGACUCAACAUUCAAUACUGGAAGUAAAAUGCUGGAUACAUAUCGCAGUUCUCUAGAUCUACAAACGCUGCAGGCUUUGAUGUGUGCGCAAGACUGGUUGCAAGACAAAUUGGAUGGUACUUCUGACUCGUUAUAUUCAAAUUGUUAGUUUCUGUUUUAUCCA